AUGCCUAAUUUCGUCGUUGAAUUAACUAAGCCAGCAAGAAAACGUGGUAAUUCUGCUAAACCGCCACGACCACAGAACAGCUGGAUAAUUUUUCGGUAUAAGCCAAAAAAUACAAAGGAUUCAAGCGCUAAGAAAUGGGUUUUCCGCGAACUAAAGAGAUACGCACUUACAUCGUCACAUAAUCCUAGUUCAACGAGUAAUAAUUCACCUCCACAAGAAGCAGCACAAAUCGUUAUGUCGUCCUCUUUGAAUAUUAACGUUAAUAAUAAUAAUGAUUCUCUUCGUUCCUCGCAAAUAAGAUAUGAUUCAUUUCUUCAUUAG